AUUGUUCCUAGCCCUUUAAGUGCCAGGGACUCUGCUGGGCAGGAAAAAUGUCCUUCUUCAAUUUCCGUAAGAUCUUCAAGUUGGGGAGCGAGAAGAAGAAGAAGCAGUACGAACACGUGAAGAGAGACCUGAACCCCGAAGAGUUUUGGGAGAUCAUAGGAGAACUGGGCGACGGAGCCUUUGGGAAAGUGUACAAGGCCCAGAAUAAAGAGACCAAUGUUUUGGCUGCUGCAAAGGUGAUUGACACCAAAUCUGAAGAAGAACUUGAAGAUUAUAUGGUUGAGAUUGACAUAUUAGCAUCUUGUGAUCACCCAAACAUAGUCAAGCUUCUAGAUGCCUUCUAUUAUGAGAACAAUCUUUGGAUCCUCAUUGAGUUCUGUGCAGGGGGCGCAGUAGAUGCUGUGAUGCUUGAACUUGAGAGGCCAUUAACUGAGUCCCAAAUCCAAGUAGUUUGCAAGCAGACUUUAGAGGCAUUGAGUUACUUACAUGACAAUAAAAUCAUCCACAGAGAUCUAAAAGCUGGCAAUAUUCUUUUUACCUUAGAUGGAGACAUUAAAUUGGCGGAUUUUGGAGUGUCAGCUAAAAACACCAGGACAAUUCAAAGGAGGGAUUCCUUUAUUGGCACACCAUAUUGGAUGGCUCCUGAAGUAGUCAUGUGUGAGACAUCAAAGGACAGACCUUAUGACUAUAAAGCUGACGUUUGGUCCCUGGGUAUUACUUUAAUAGAAAUGGCUGAGAUAGAGCCACCUCACCAUGAGUUAAAUCCAAUGCGAGUGUUGCUAAAAAUAGCAAAAUCUGAACCCCCAACAUUAGCACAGCCAUCAAAAUGGUCUUCAAAUUUUAAGGACUUUCUAAAGAAGUGCUUGGAAAAGAAUGUGGAUGCCCGGUGGACUACAUCUCAGUUAUUACAGCAUCCCUUUGUUACUGUUGAUUCCAACAAACCAGUCCGAGAAUUGAUUGCUGAGGCAAAGGCUGAAGUAACAGAAGAAGUAGAAGACGGCAAAGAGGAAGAUGAUGAUGAGGAAACAGAAAAUGCUCUGCCAAUACCUGCAAAUAAACGUGCCUCCUCUGACCUCAGUAUUGCCAGCUCUGAAGAAGAUAAACUUUCACAAAAUGCUUGCAUUUUGGAAUCUGUUUCAGAAAGAAUAGAACACAAUACUCCUGGGGAUAAAUUUAGCAAUAAAGUUCUUAAUGAAAGACCCACCACUGAUGAACCUGGAAAGGCACUGAAGGGUGUUAAUGAGCAUAUGGGUGAUUCUAACUUGGAAUCUAUGGCUGAACUCAGUGACCAAACAGUAGGAAUCCAUGAGCAUGGGAGGGAGAAGAGACCCAAACUGGAGAAUCCUCCUGACACAGAAGACCAACAGCUGGUGGAUAUUAAUUCAGUCCGUGAAGGAAAUGAGGAGAAUAUAGUGACUUUAGAGAUGAACACUAACCAUGUGAAACCAGAGGAAGACCGAGAAAAAGAAAACCAAGAGAUACCUGAGAAUAAACUUAGACAGUCUGAAGAAAUUAAAGAUAUGAAUAUUCAAACAAUGGACUUAGUUUCUCAAGAGACCGGAGAAACAGAGGCAGACUUUCAGGCAGUUGACAGUGAAGUUGGGUUUACAAAAGCAGAUGGUCAGGAGAAACUGAGAAAAGAUGAUAACACUCAAAAAGUUGUAAUUAAUGAUAGAAUCAGUGAGGUAGUGGCAAAUGAGGCACUAGAUGUUGCUGAGAAGGCUGCUGAAGGCAGCAGCAUCAAGGAUGCACAGAGUGCUGAUGGGAAGGAAGCAGUGGAAGGAACCCAGAAGUUAACCGAGAAGCCCACAGAGGGCCCUGAGGCUGGCAGUGCUGAGGAAGAGCCUUCUGCUCAAGGAAGAGUUGAGAAUAAAGAGCUACAUCAACAGUCUGCGGUGUGUGAAGGUGACGGACAGUUCAUCAGCACUUCCGUGACCACACAGGCAACCCCUGAGGAACCAGGGACAGAUGAAGUUGAGCAAGUUAGUGAGUCACAUAGCACUGAGGAGAGAGAGCCAAGCCCAGUGUCUGGUGGUGCUGAGGAACAGACUCCAGGAAGUGAAGCUGUGGCCGCUGCUGCUGAGGUAGAGUUGGAGGGCAGAGAAGCUGCACAGGAAGUACCAGUGAAAGCAGAGCCCGAAGCUCCUGCAGCCUCACCGUCCAACGAGCCUCAUCUUAUCCUAAUACCCAGUAUCAAUAUUAACUCUGAAAACACAGAAAAUAAAGGAGAGUUGGGUGAUUUACCAAAAACUGAAAGCAUUCUGCCACCAGAGCCUGAAAAUGAAAAGGAAAAUGACACUGACUCAGGGACUGGGUCCACUGUGGAGAAGAGCAGCAGUGACUUGAAUUUGUCCAUCUCUAGCUUCCUAAGCAAAACUAAAGACAGUGGGUCAAUGUCACUACAAGAGACAAGAAGACAGAAGAAAACAUUGAAGAAAACACGCAAAUUUAUUGUUGAUGGUGUAGAAGUGAGUGUUACAACGUCAAAGAUAGUUACAGAUAGUGACUCCAAAACUGAGGAAUUGCGGUUUCUCAGACGUCAGGAACUUCGAGAGCUGAGAUUUCUCCAGAAAGAGGAGCAGAGGGCCCAGCAGCAGCUCAAUGGCAAACUGCAGCAGCAGCGGGAGCAGAUUUUCAGGCGCUUUGAGCAGGAGAUGAUGAGUAAGAAGCGACAAUAUGACCAGGAAAUUGAGAAUCUUGAGAAGCAGCAGAAACAGACAAUUGAACGACUAGAACAAGAACAUACGAACCGCUUGCGAGAUGAAGCUAAACGAAUCAAAGGAGAGCAAGAGAAGGAGCUGUCCAAAUUCCAGAAUAUGCUAAGAAACCGCAAGAAGGAGGAACAAGAAUUUGUUCAGAAGCAACAACAAGAAUUAGAUGGCUCUCUGAAAAAGAUCAUCCAACAACAGAAGGCAGAGUUGGCUAAUAUUGAGAGAGAGUGUUUGAAUAACAAGCAACAGCUUAUGAGAGCUCGAGAAGCUGCGAUUUGGGAGCUUGAAGAGCGACAUUUACAAGAAAAGCACCAGCUGCUUAAACAGCAACUUAAAGAUCAGUAUUUCAUGCAGAGACAUCAGCUACUUAAACGCCACGAGAAGGAAACAGAACAAAUGCAGCGUUAUAAUCAACGACUUAUUGAGGAAUUGAAAAACAGACAGACUCAGGAACGAGCGAGACUACCCAAGAUUCAACGAAGUGAAGCCAAGACACGAAUGGCCAUGUUUAAGAAAAGUUUGAGAAUUAACUCAACAGCCACACCAGACCAGGACCGUGAAAAAAUUAAACAGUUUGCUGCACAAGAAGAAAAGAGGCAGAAAAACGAGAGAAUGGCUCAGCAUCAAAAACAUGAGAGCCAAAUGCGGGAUCUCCAGUUGCAAUGUGAAGCCAAUGUCCGAGAACUGCACCAGCUUCAGAAUGAAAAAUGCCACCUGUUGGUUGAACAUGAGACUCAGAAACUGAAGGAGUUAGAUGAGGAACACAGCCAAGAGUUAAAGGAGUGGAGAGAAAAACUGAGACCAAGGAAAAAGACACUGGAAGAGGAGUUUGCCAGGAAACUGCAGGAGCAGGAAGUGUUUUUUAAAAUGACGGGGGAAUCCGAAUGUCUUAAUCCAUCAGCACAGAGCCGAAUCUCCAAAUUCUACCCUAUUCCCACCUUGCAUUCCACUGGGUCAUAGCAAUAGCAAGCAUUCUGUCUGGAUGUGGCUUCUGAGUACAUCAUUGUAUUCUCUUCAUCUUCCACAGUAUGUAUGACUCACAAAGACAAUCGCCUGUUUCAUCUUCUCAGUGGUUUUAAAAAUGUAUUUCUUGGAUUUUAUUGUUAAACAAAGAUGAAGGGCAAACAAACUAAGACAGAUGCUAGGCCAUGUUGGCAAAUAGCAUCUUCAGUAAUUCCCUAAGGUGACUUUGUAUAUUGACCUUAAAUAUUGUAUUCUUUAGACACUGUUACUAAAAGACUGCCAGAGAAAAUAAUGUUUAAAGUUAUUUGUGGGAAAAAAAAACCAAACCUGUUACAUCACUUAAGUAUUAAUAAAUACUGUUUUGCCUGGUUUCUCAAUGAUGCUAAAUUCUCUAGUUAAGAUUCUGCUGUAGAAUUGGAGUAAUUUUCUUUUGGCAAACCAGCUCGUAUUUAAAAAGCCAUGAGUUACAGAAAUAUGAUAUUGAUUCAGUACAUAGAUAUAUUUUUAUCAUUAAAUAGGAUCAAGGUCUUUUCAAAGAGAAAGGUUAUUCAGUAAUCUGUCACAAACAUUAGCCUGUAUGGGCAGGAACUAGUAAUUGAGGUGCUAAUUUUAUUAAGAUAGUGCCUGAAACACUGAAUUUUAAUCAUGUAUAAAGUGGGGUUUUCUUUUUGACCAACAGGAACAAAGUACCCUUCUCACUGAACAUUACUGUCUUAAGAACUUGCAUAUAUUGCCAUUCAAUAUUCAUUUUAAAACAAAUGUUGUGCAGAGUUUGGGAAGAUGAACAAGCUAGCUUUCAAAUCUGCAGAUUGAACAUACAAGACUCACCGCAUUGUAGGUAGCAGACUGAGCCCUCCCACUUAUUCCCUCAUAAUAAGCCUCCAUUUCAGCAAGUUCUGUCCCUCAGUGGGUGCUUAGAGGCCUCUGGCCCAGGGCUGCAGUCACACCUACAGUCUGAAGCUAGUCUUAGAAGAAGCAUUUGUCCACAAAGGAUUUCCAUGCAGUUGCAGGCACACAUGCAAAGUGACAUGGUAUUGUUUCAAGUGAGGUUAUUCAACUGCAUUUUGGUUUUAUUUUGUUCCAUGUUUAAAUUAAUUACUCUGAGUAGGAAAAACCUGAAACCUUUAUCAUGUGGUUGCCGGCACACUCUUAGUUCCUUUUGAAGCUCAGAAUCUCAGCCUCGUCAGGUCAACAGUAUUAUAAACAGCACAUUUGUGAAUGAUGUGCCUGCUUGCCUGCCUGCCUGCCAUUGGCACCCUCUGCUCCUCUAAGAGUGCCGGGUACCGAAUUGUAGAUGUUUCACUUUUGAGUUAUAUUUUGAGGUUGAUGAAAAUAGAAAUGGCAAUGUAAUGUUGUGGGAACACCAGUUCAUAUUAAGAAAAUGUAGAUGUCUGUAGUACUUUUUUGCAGGUUAUUUGAAAACUUUGGAUGCCGAACUUUAUCUGGUUUAAAAAUGCUUGUGUAAUUUUAAUUUUAUAAUUAUUUUGACAAGCUUAAUUUUCCUGGACAACCUUGUAGGUAGCCUUAACUUUCAGCCAAUUUUGUUUUUUUUUAAUAUAAAUAUAUAUACAUAUAUAUAUAUAUAUAUAUAAUGUAUGGUUGUAAAUUCAUACACUUAUCACACGAAUGUGUUACUGUAUACAGAAUUCUUAAUGCUUUAUUUUCAGAUGCUGGGUUGAAAACUCUUUGAAAGCCUUUAAAUAUAUAUCUUUAUAAAGUAAUAUUCAGGAUGAUGAUGGAAAUGGUUUAUAUUAUUAUGAUAAAAGAUGGAAUUAUGUU